AUGCCCGUUACAGUUGCGGAGAUUGUCGCGCCUUGCGACGACCAACCGGAGCUCGUGGAGCGUAUAGCUUCACGAACGAUAAAACCUCCCGUUACCAUAGUCAAGCCCAACCCAGAAUGGCCGCAACGGUUCGAACAAGUCAAAGAACGGAUCGAAAAAGCCCUUGGGACCUUGAUCUUGGACAUCGGUCAUGUCGGCUCUACCAGUGUUCCCGGCCUACCAGCCAAAGACAUUAUCGAUGUUGAUCUGACAAUGAAAGAUCCCACGGAUGAAGCAUCCUACGUGAAGCCUCUAGAAGAGGCAGGAUUCCGGUUCCUCUUGCGCGAGCCGUGCUGGUACCAGCACCGCUUCUUUGUGGAGAAUUGGCCCAACGCCUACCACGUUAAUCUCCACGUGUGGGGUCCCGACUCGCCCGAAGUGGUCCGACAUCGUAUCUUUCGUGACUGGCUACGCAAAACGCCGGCGGAUCAAGAACUGUAUGCCAAAUCGAAAUACGAAGCGGCUGAACAGACGGCUGUAGCUGGGGAUUCAGUGGUGGAAUAUACCCAACGGAAAGACAAAACGGUCCGGGAGAUCAUACAAAGAGCAUUGCGUGAUUUGGGCUAUGUUGAAGGAGACACUCGAGAGGUGAUUUAG